AAAACGAUUGAGAUGAAUAAGAAGUAAGAUUGUUUGACACAUGUUUAUUGAUUUUUUAUUUGUCACAAAAUUGGAAGGUUGAAGUUUACUUGAUACACACAAAACAAAUAAAACAGACUACGCUGCUUUUCCGAUAUCUAAAAAGUAUUUGAUUUAGUAUUGGAAGUGGUGUGAAUUAAUCUUUGUAGCUGAUACGCAAACUAAUAAAUUUGAAAAUGUUCAACCAAAGUUCAAUGAGUUCUUUUGGUGGAACUGCGACACCAAGCACAGCAAACCCUAUGAAAGAUUUUGAAGUUGUGCAGUGCAGUGGAGAUUCCAUUAGUUCCAUGGCGUUUUCUCCCGCUACUUUGCCGCAAAAUUUUUUGAUAGCAAGUAGCUGGGAUUGUAAUGUCAGAUGUUGGGAAAUCGAACAAAAUGGUACAAGCAUUCCAAAAUCCAUGCAAACCUGUGGAGCUCCUCUAUUAGAUGUAGCUUGGAGCGACGAUGGAACUAAAGUUUUUAUGGCUGGAUGUGACAAACAAGCUAAAAUGUGGGAUUUGGCAAGUAAUCAAGUAGUUCAAGUCGCGAUGCACGAUGCUCCAAUUAAAACAUGCCACUGGAUAAAAGCCCCAAAUUAUUCUUGUUUAAUGACAGGUUCUUGGGAUAAAACAUUGAAAUUUUGGGAUACUCGCAGUCCUAAUCCAAUGAUGAGUAUUAACUUGCCUGAGAGAUGCUAUUGUGCUGAUGUAGAUUAUCCUAUGGCAGUAGUUGGAACUGCUGGAAGGCAGAUUAUUGUCUAUCAAUUGGAAGGAAAGCCUCAGGAGUAUAAAAAAUUGGAUAGUCCCUUAAAAUAUCAACAUAGAUGUGUUGCUAUAUUUAGAGACAAGAAGAAAUCACCUACUGGAUACGCAUUAGGUUCAGUAGAAGGUAGAGUAGCAAUCCAGUAUGUUAAUCCGACAAAUCCCAAAGAUAAUUUCACCUUCAAAUGCCAUCGUUCGAAUGGGACACCUAAUGGUUAUCAGGAUAUCUAUGCUGUUAAUGAUAUAGCUUUCCAUCCUGUUCAUGGGACUUUGGCAACUGUUGGUGCAGACGGUUCUUUCAGUUUUUGGGAUAAAGAUGCCAGAACAAAAUUGAAACCUUCAGAGUUAAUGGAACAACCUAUUUCGAGAUGUGCUUUCAACCAUAAUGGACAAAUAUUCGCUUACGCCGUGAGCUAUGAUUGGAGUAAAGGUCACGAGUUUUACAACUCUCAAAAGAAAAAUUACAUCUUCUUAAGACCAUGUUAUGAUGAACUUAAACCCAGAACAACAUCUUAAAUUACUUUAUAGUUUUCGCUUUAAUGUAUAUUACUGUUCUUAAAAUAAACCAUUUUACACUA